AUGUUGUUCCCACCUUUGCCGGUUGUUUUGUUAGCUCUCCUACAUGGUCCAGCUAGGACUGAGUCAAAACCUCUUAAAUCAGAUCCCUCAGUUGCCUAUGCCACUUACAUCAACUUUGCUGAACAUGAUAUCCUGGAUAAUGAUGACGGCCUUCCCACUCACCCACUGCUGCCCGACUAUGGCAAAGUUACUUAUCCUAUCACCACUGACGGCAACGGGCGAGAGCAAGUUGAGUCCCACCUAAGCUACUGGGAAAGCAAAUACUGGAUGUAUGCUGCUACCUGGGGCUGCGGAGGGUCUAUCUUCGUCUACGGCCGAUUGACCGGUAUGAAUUGGCCGGCUAGUCCUACCUAUCCGAAAGGAGACUACGGCGAGGACGGGAACUGUGGCAUCAAGUCCUACAUGUCGUCUGAUCUUGUCAACUGGCAGUUAGUCGAUUUUUACCAGCCCGCAGCUGAGGUCGCCAACGUGACGAAACCUCUCGUCAGGUACAGCGAAGCAACAGGGAAUUAUGUCUUGUUCAUGGGAGGAAAUGGCCAGUCCAACUUUUACUACGCCACUUCCAAGUCACCUGGUGGUCCAUGGAGUAACCCACCGUCUUUGAUGGCAGGAGACUACCUCACUCACGACUUUGACAUUGCGGUUGGUCCUGAUGGCGAGCAUUACAUCCUCACUGAUACAUGGGCUAGCGUCUUCGAGAACCAAGCACCAGGACACUCUGUCCCAGUAUGGGAUAUUUAUGUGCAAAAGCUCGCGCCAAACCUGACAUCCACAAUUGGGACCAAUAGUACAUCCAAGUCGAUCCGCUCGGCCAAAGACCUUCUCAAACAAGGGCUCAAUCUCGAGGCGUGUGGCUUCUUUUAUCAUGACUCGUACUGGUAUCAGACCUACUCAUAUACGUGUCAGAACUGCCCUGGAUACAUAUACUAUCUUUACGCGAAGGAUCCUCUGGGGCCAUACACGGAUGGUGGCUACAUCAGUCUCGACGGCUGUGGUGGUCAGAACAAGGGUGCUAAUGUGCUCCCUUCUGCCAAGGGUCCCGUUGUUAUAGCAGGAAACCUUGCCUACAGGACGAGCCCGACCAAUCAUGUACUGAAUGGCGAAAUCUGGCAUGCGGAUAAUCACCAAGCGGCAUCCAGUACUUCUUUCUUCCCCAUCGAGUUCAACGACGACCACACGAUCAAAACGUUUACUUGUCCAGCCACUGUAAAGAUCCCACUGGUAAAGAACAUCACCUCUUCUCCCGAACCGCCUUUACCUUAUCAACUCGACUGCCGCAUCCGCAACUGGCAGACGACAGUACAAAGCUUCUCCCCGCCAAAACAGGUUUCAACUUUGGAGUUUCCCGUAUGGCAAAGAACGGACAACUUGGGGCCCACGACCAACGCAGGUCCAGUACUCGAUGGUAUCUUGAACGUCACAGUGAGCUUUCUGGACAAGACAACCGAGACUUUCACCUGGGUUCCAAGUAAUAUCUCUUGGGCGCCUACCAAAAUCUCUAUGGAUUUACACGGGAAGAAGUUAUCGUCUAUCGAGCUAAGCACUAAUGCUACGAAUGGGUGUUAUGGAACACUUGCCCAGCCGCUUGUGGAUAGCGGAGUUCAGUAUGGGGUUGUUGUGAACAAGAAGCUGAUGAUAUCUGAAAAGGCACAAAUGUAUAUUUAUGAAUCUUAA